AUGCACUUGGUUUCGCUUCUCAAGCUAGCCGCUCUUUUUCUAACUUCUGCAGCCGGCAAGUCAGUGCUCAAAUCCGAAACUCUUGAAGUCGCACUAUCCGGGCACAGUGUCAUCCACAAGACCGCACUCGGAUCUUUCGUCCAGCACAUCCGUGAUAACACUCGACAACUGCGUGUUUCUAUAAGUUCUACUGGUCCCUGCUGGAUCUCCUUCUUCAAAUGUGGUCAACUGAUCGCCGCAACAAACAGUUUGAACUCUCCGAAGACGUUCAUUCUGUCUUCAUCUGUUUCGAUGGCGCUACGUGGCAUGACUGACGUCAUUUGCACUGAAAGUCCGGAAAGCAAAGAGUAAGCGAUAAGAUAUUAUUAUUGUUUGCAACGUGAUUAUUUUUAGUAUUAACGUGAUUGUUGGUUCAAAUGAGACUGACCAUGCAAUAAUCACUUUUGAAAUCAUCGAAGAAGAGAGAGAAGACCAAACUCCAACUGUGUACGUACUUUUCAUUUUUUGAUCAAAGAAAUGAUCGCGAUUUCCAGUUGGAACUACGAUUGGAACAAGGACAGUUCGAGGUAUCAUCCGGAUACCACUUAUCAUCGCCAUGAUUACGAGAUAACUAACACGUCAGUUCUGAAUGCAGCAUUCGACAAUUUCAUCGGUUUCAACUGUAAGCAGGGCAAAAAGCGGGGCUGGGCUUUCAAAGACUCGGACUUUUGAUACUAUUUUGAAUCAUUUGAUUGGACCAAAACUUUGCAAGCUUUGUGGACUUAGGUUGAAGUAUUUCGGGUUAAAGUUUCGAACCGAUAGGAUCAUCUGGUCCCGAGAUACGUGGAUGUGAGGCCGGCAAGGCCGCAGUUUUUGCAAAUAAUCAGUCUUUUCGGCUUAAAGCCAGUCCUUAGCUUUCCUUUGAUACAUCGUCCCAUUUCCAGUAAGUCUGACCCUCAAUAACACUCUCAAUCUAACCGGAAAUCUCGAUAUCGUCGUUGGCGAGUAUGCGGACAGCACAAUCUUGGUGGCUACAGCCAUUGUGAGCAAAGCGCAGAUUAUGGGAAUAACGUGAGCUGCCUCCCAUCGAAUGAAAGGAAAAAAUAAACGUUUUCAGAGGCAGAAACGAGAUUAAGCAGCCAGCAACGAUGCUGGAGAUGUUGUCAAUGGUUACCAGUUUCUACGACCACCUUCUUUUUCGCACUCUUCUCUGUGAGUUCACGAGCGGUUGGUGUAUAAUUGUUCGAGCCUGAAAACUUUUCCCCAGUAUUUAUUGUGUUUCUCUUGUGGUCCAGUGAGCCUGAUGUCAACUUUCCCGUGGCAUCCGAACUCAUUUUUGCUCUUUUUUUGUACUAUUCAUCCAGAUCCAACUUUCAGGGGGAGUCAUUUCUACUAUUCUCAUUGUCAUUUUCCUCCGGGUUGACUGCGAAGUCAGAAUCAGUUAUAAUCCGAACGGAUGGAUAAACGAAUUCAUCGAAGAAGUCAAAGCGUGCAUGCAGAGAGAACGUCUCCGAACUGAAGGGCUGGAGAGCGUCUCAGACGAAGAAAUCGAUAAUAUAAUCAAUUCUGAACUUGUCCAUGAGACUGAAAUGUAG